AUGACGUCAACCUCAUUCGCCUCUCUCAACGAAGACGUCCUCCGAAUCAUCUUCUCAUUUUUGGAUUGCGAGAAUGCCCACGCAGUUUCCUCCUGUUCGAAACAGCUCUUUCUCAUAGACAGGCCCCGUUUCUUCAAGAGGUUGAGGGUUUCCCGGUUCGAUGACUGCUGGAACGACGACAAGGCGCUCUCCAAGAUUGACUUCCUGUACAAGACGGGCUUGUACGGGGUCGCCCAUGUCGAUCAACUUCACGACCUCUCCCUCCUGGGUUUCUACGACCCUCACCAUAUCGACUACCUCUGCUGCCUUCUGCAAAAGACCGCCGCCCACCUCCGCAAUCUCGAGAUCUACUACUUUGAGUCCUUUCUGAUCCUGAACAGCGACUUGGCGCAGGUCAUGGGCGCGAUGAGCUCCCUCGAGCAGGCCAUCCUGUGGCAUGACAACAAAGUCGAUGACCUCCACCUUUUCCAAACUGGUCACUGCCCUCUCCUCGCUUCGACGUUGCACUCCCUGAACGUCGACGGUGUUUCGAUGAAAACCCUCCUCGGUCCUGAAGUCGCGGCCGGGCUCAUCGAGGUGUGCGUCAACCUCAGAGGUGUUGCCUUCGGUUUCAGCAAUGUCGACACCGCAAUUCUCGUCGGGGAUAUCGGCUUGAUAGCGUUGGACGGUCCACUCUCCAGCCCGGGGGACGUGGAACCCUUCGCGCCCCUUCUUGAAGUCGCUCGACCAAUCGCGCUCCAGGUGCACGUGGCGAGGGUGUUGUUGGAUGGAGGCCUCAUGUGGAACAAGUUGUUGUCUGCUUCUCCUCGGCUACGCUCUCUGGAGAUCACGGUCGACUUCAACGCCGACGUCGGCGACCAUAAGGCAACGCUGUUGGAUGCGCUCGCGUCUACGCCUCUGGUGUACCUGUCACUGUACUUUUACAGGUGGGGGCCGGAUUUGGAACACGCUCAAUGGGAGCAAUCCCUCCCCGGCGAUUUUGCGACGAAGCUGUCAACGCUUCGUGUCUUCGCGAUGUCUGCGCGCCGAGCAGGGAUGGUCACCAUGGCCGUCGAACAGGACUGGAACAGGUACAAGGGCGGGACUUCCCUAGCCACGCGCACCCCGCGGUGGUGGCGGAUCGCGGAGUCAAACCGCACGCCGAUCGAGGUCUGGCGCGAGCACGGCGAGUGUGCGCGCGAGCUGAUACAGCGGGCCGACUUUGAUCCCGACACAUCACUCACGCCUUGUUCGCGGCAACGCCGGUGA